AUGGCUUCCAUGCGCGAAUGGGUGUCGCCUCAUGCUGGGAAAAUCUGUUCCGGCAACGGCAACUCUUUGCGCAGCGCACGGGUACCAAAUCAUAUAAUGGGCCCUUCUGCCAACGAAAUUGAAUUUCAUGGUUUUCUUCUGAGUUCUGCCCCAGGCCACGGAUUUGACACCGCUGAAGAAUACAUAGAGGCACGGGUUCAAGCGAACAGUAUUCGCGCAUUUAAACACCAGAUUAUGUUCACCCAUAGUGACUUCAAGGCACAUAACCCUCUCGUCGGAGAGGACGGUCAUCUAUCCGGGAUAUCGACUGUGAUCAGCUGGAUGGCUACCUGA